GAUCAAGAUGAACCUCAAGGUAAUUGCUAAGUUCGAACGGAACCACCCGCACUUACCGAGCUGUUCUCUAAACCAGAAUCUUCUACCUCUCCUACAAUCUGCUAUCAGCAGUAGGGUAAACCAACCUGUGGUUCUACCCUCUGCUGAGGGCCCUGCGGAGGUCAGCAAUUCCAUCGCCACUAACAAGACCACCACGGUCAUUGUUCACGAGGCGACGGCCAAUGCUGACACUGCUGGGUCGAAUCCACCUGCCAAAAAGCGCGGGAAAAAUAAGGCCAAGAAGCCGAAGCCCUUGUAGUUCCACCGGAGGCCGAUACCUCUUCACGUGCAGCGUUGAAAAGGGGUCGGUCUACGGAAGCACCACAUCCUGAGGCCAAGAAGGCAUCCAAGGGCCCGGCUUCUCAGCCUUUGCCCACUCCGUCCGCUAGCAGCCGGUCGCGACUGAACCUCCCCCACCAGCCCCUUCAAGCUCUAAGCCUGAUAAGGUUCACAAGGAGAAGUCAAGUCACAAACGGCAGGCCAAACAGGACGGAAGAGGAAAUACUCGCAAACUAUAUACCCGGAUAAUCUUCGGGUAGCAAUCAUCGACAAGGCUGAACCGGAAGGUAAAAUCAGCGACAGUCGAUGGUUGCUAUUCGAAGAUCGUCUGAGAGAGCUUGUCUUCACGGGAGAGGGUGACACACGAAGUAUGCAGUUCGGCAGUGCAACCCUUUACAAAGGCGUGAAAGUAAUGUUCUGCGAGAACCAGGAAUCUAAGGAUUACCUGGUCACCGCAGUAUCUGGCUUUCGCGAUCUCUGGCAGGGAUGUGAUCUGGCGGCUGUAUCCUUGAAGGACAUCCCCUGCCGUAAGGUAUUGACAGCUUGGGUGCCACCACCAUCCGUGGAUCCGGCACGCAUCCUGACAAUACUGGGCAAGCAAAACCCCAACCUCAAGACGGACAACUGGCGUCUUGUCAGUUCAAACACUGAGGGAGGGGGCCUGGUCAUCAAGGUAUCUAUGGAUACGGAUGGCCAGGAAUACCUUCAAGCUCGUGGGGGAAAACUGCAUUUCGGCGCUGGAUGGAUCCGUUUCCGUCUAACGCCGUUGCAUUAGGUGGAAGAAAACAGCAGCUACUUAGCAUCAUGCAGAUUAAUCUGCAUCACUGCAAAGCAGCUCCUGCAGAACUCCUCCUAUCCCUCUCGAAAGCUGAAGUAGACAUAGCUCUGGUUCAGGAACCCUAUAUAUACAAUAAUAGGGUAACUGGACUAGGGAGUGGACAGUACGUCUCUUAUGCGGUCUCCAAUGGUGAUAAGCAACAACAGUGGAGGAGACGUUACGGUAGCGAGAUUGGAGUCUAAAUCCGGAAGGGUUCACAUUUUCAUAUCUCUAUAUCUACCGUACGAGCGACCUGACCCACCUGGACAUGAAGUAGAGGAGCUGCUCGAAGAUCUGGCUGACAAAGGGCAUCUAAUCAUAGGUUGUGAUGCCAACGCACACCACUUCCAAUGGGGUAGCAACGAUACCAACGUCAGAGGCUGGAUUGAUACCAUGCUUAGCAGCAGAAUUAUCAACUCGAGCAUUGGGGAAAUAUACAUCAGGAAAUCGGUCACGAGGGGCACUCCGCAAGGGGGUGUCCUAUCACCAUUACUCUGGCUUUUGGUCAUCAAUAAUAUAAUUAUGGAUCUAGAGGUAACAGGAACGAAAGUAGUCGCAUACGCUGAUGACGUCGUCCUGUUAAUCGCCGGGAAAUUCGUGCAAACAAUCUCGGAUCUAAUGCAAGGAGCUCUAGUCACCUUAUCACGGUGGGCGCGUCGCAAUGGACUAGGCGUGAACCCAUCAAAGACAGAGCUCGUCAUUUUCACUAAGAGACGUAAAUACCCUACAUUUACACCACCGAAACUAGAUGGAGUCAGAUUAAACCUUUCGCUAGAAGCCAAAUACCUUGGCACUAUCCUUGACCACCGACUAAGUUGGAAGAGGAACACCGAGGAACGAGCUAAGAGAGGCUCGGUUAAACCACCACUGUGCCAUUUCCUGCAGGUUAUUCACAAACACUACUCUGAGAAGAACCAACAAAAAUGGCUGGAUGAAAUUGGUUGUACCAUCCCCAAACGAAUCUGGCCCACGCUCUCGGAGAAGAGAACAAGGUCGCUGAUGUCAUUGUCAAAACCUGAUUUAAUACUCGUGGUGGGCAUCAUCACAGGUCACUGUAAGGUGAGGGCUAUGACAUCGAAAUGGGAUAGCGACGGCAUUGACUACUGUAGGAUCUGUCAAGAUGAAGAAGAAAUCGAGACAAUCGAACACUUACUCUGUCACUGCCCAGCACUCAUUAAUGUGAGGCAUAGGCUAGUGGGAGAACUAGUGUCACAUGACUUGUCAUCUUUUUCUAACACUGACCCAGUAGUAAUACUUCAACUAGCCAGAAGACUCAAGUGGCUAAAGACGACACGGCAAACUCCUCAGCCGUAGAUUCUCACUCUACUACACUAUCCCUUAUCUUCAUUUUCUCUAUCAAUCACUUUUUUCCUCUAUCUCUCAAAACUCUUUUCUAGGAUG